AUGAACUCCAGCUUCCGUAUCAGUUCAGGUUUGGCUCGCCGUCUACUCCAACAAUGUGGGGUAUCGGCUCCGAGAAGGUUACUCCCAUUCGGGGCCUCACUUGUCACUAGACAUAUAUCAUCUUCGCCGGAUACGAACGUGACACCGGGGCUGACUCCCAAAGCUACUGGGAAAGCAUUUGAAGGCAAUGGCAAGGUUUUGCUCGGGUCCCAAAAGCGUCUUCCGGAGUUCAAUCUAGUCGAUAGAGUAGUGCUUAUCUCUGGUGGAGCACGAGGUCUUGGACUAACGCAAGCUGAAGCUCUGCUUGAAGCUGGAGCCAAGGUUUAUGCCCUCGACCGCCUUGAGAAACCAUCGCCGGGGUUCUACGAAGCCCAAGCCAGAGCUACCAAUAACCUUGGGACUUCCCUACACUACAGACAAAUAGAUGUGCGGGAUGAAGCAAAACUGCACGCAUCUGUCCAGGCCAUCGCCGAAGAGAAUGGCCGACUAGAUGGCUUGAUAGCAGCAGCAGGCAUCAACGAAGAGCACACAGCUCUGGAAUACACGGCGGCAGAUUUCAACAAAAUGAUGGAGAUCAACGUUACGGGUGCCUUCCUGACUGCGCAAGCAGCAGCUAGGCAAAUGGUCAGGUUUGGUAAAGGUGGUAGUAUCGUUAUGAUUGCGUCAAUGUCCGGGACCAUUGCAAAUCGAGGGCUGAUAUGCCCUGCAUAUAAUGCCUCAAAGUCGGCAGUUCUGCAAUUGGGCCGCAAUCUCGCUGCUGAAUGGGGCCCUUACGGUAUCAGAGUUAAUACCAUCUCUCCGGGCUACAUUGUUACCGCGAUGGUUGAAGAACUAUUCACAAAGUUCCCCGAGAGGAGGGAGGAUUGGCCAAAACAGAACAUGCUUGGAAGGCUGAGCAAGCCACAGGAAUACCGUGGUGCCGCAGUAUUCCUUCUCAGCGAUGCUAGCUCAUUCAUGACAGGUGCGGAUCUGAUCAUGGAUGGAGGCCACCAUUCGUGGUAGCCCUGAUACGUCGUAAAGGGCCCCAUAUUUUUACCCUCUUUCUUUUCUUCUUCCUCUGUACGAGCUAUGAGCGUAGGAAAUUUUUUCCGCUGUUUGGCGUCUCCUUUGUCAACUAAGUUAGUUAUUCAUUACGAGAGGAUUCAAUUUUCGGGUUUAUCGGUAAGCUUUCACAAGCUUAUGUAUUGUGAUGGCAUAUGUGUGGUGAUAUUAUGACGGUAGUACCCAAGCGAUCAAUUUUGUUUUUGGCGUUCGAAUUAUUACCCGUGAAUCGUG